AUGAGGGAACGCAAGUCGAUCAACGAGGUGCUGUACGCCAAUAUUCCAACAGUCAACGAGAUCAGCGGAAUGAAGAACAUCGAUACACUCAAUGUGGCCGAACAGGAUCUUUUGGCUGUUGCACUAGGGGCCCCUGCGCGUCAAGUAAUGAUCAGAGCUGAGGAGAUUGGACCAAGGACUGGCUGGAAAGAUGGGUACCUCAGCGUCGAGCACGGGUUUUGUCCACCAGAUUACGACGAGUCUCCUGGUGCUCUCGCCAACUCACCGGGACGGAUAUGGUCAGAUUUGUGUGAACGAAUGCCGGGAUGUGUGGCCAGGGGUCGUGUCCGGGAAUCCGUUGCCGCCCUCCCCAUCGUUGAGGGAACACCAGAAGUCAUUCCAGACAGGGCAUUGUGGGCAGCGGUGGUAGCUCUCGGUAUGCUGUGCUCCAUCUAUCGAUACGAGGAUAAUAACGACGGCAACGAGGGAGUAACGGUCAAUCCUACGAAAUGGCGGCCCAAGUGCGAAAUGGGAGACGAUCUGGGAGAAGAGCUGGUUGGAAUUCCGCGAAGCAUUGCGCUACCAUACUGGCAGGUUUCAAGGCGCCUCGGUCGAUCCAUCCCCCAUCUCACCUUCUUUGACCAAUCAUCCCACAUCCGUCCACAGUUCAACAUGAAGUUGCGUGACAAGACCGCCACAUACCCAUACGUGGGAAGAUUCGACAACAUGGACAUGCGAUGGCCUGUCUUUGGCGAGAGGACAGAAAUUGCCUUCCAGAAGGGCUGUGCCGAUACGUCGGCAUCAUUCCAACAUGGCCCCGAUGCCAUAGCAGCCUGCCAGGAGCACGUCAUGAACCGCAAUGUCGAGGGCCUCCUUCGAGAGCUGAUACGACUCAAGGAAAUCCUCGAACGCAUGCCCAAUGCCUUUCACACCAUCAACACGAAUCCCAACUCGGGUGAAAACUACGUUCCAGGCCACCAAUGGGUUCGCUGGGGCAAGUUCUCAGCGCCUCUGAGCAAACGUUGCCCUGCUUCAUCCGGUCUUCAGUUCCCCCCUUUUCUCGUCAUGGAUGCGUUCUUGGGCCGCACCAGUUACGACUCUUUUCUCGGCAAGGAGGGUCUGCAUCUUCGUGCAUGGCUUCCCUCCAAUCUUCGGGCCUUUAUUGCCGCCAUCGAAUACCACUACCGCAUCCCCGAAUUUGUUAAACAGUCGGGCGAUCCAAGACUCAUGGGUGUCCUUGAUGGUAUCAUCGAGGCGUAUGUGGGUGAAAGGGGGUUCAUGGGCACACACCGGUACAAAGUCUUUGGCAUUCUCGAGAUUGCAAGCAAGACAGGGAGGACAGAGACAAAUGGUCUGUCGGGCGCCCCUGAUUCCAACGACAAGCCAUGGGAGGAGACGCACAAGCAAUUCUCAGCGGCCAUGAAAGAGCGCCUCGAGCCAUUCCGUGGCAAGAUCACCAUCGAACCCCAUGAGAUGCGCGGGACUUUUGAGGAGUGCCGGUACAAGUCCCGGAUCUUGAGCCGGUCCUUUGUUGACAACGACCCCAACCGGUCCAUCGCCAUGGUUACCAUCGAUCUACACAACACUGGAAUCACCUUCCAACCAGGUGAUCGCCUGGCUGUCAUGCCGCUGAAUAGCUGGGCCGAGUGUGCCAAAGUUGCUGCAGCCCUGGGGCUGGGGGACUACCUCGAAUACCGGAUCACGCCCAACACCCAGUGGCAGCGGUUCGCGCAGCACCUGGGCGCCGUUUCACAUACCUCCACAUCACACCUCACAGUCAAGGAUAUCCUGAGGCGUGGCCAUCUAGCGCCCAUCACUAAGGAGCUUGCCCUCAAGGUCCAUGACAUGCUGCGUGCCUCAUCCAACACAGUGCUUCAGGUUCUGGCGACAACCGAGUGGCCGGUCAAGGGCUCUCUCGGCGACCUGCUUCAGGCCGCUGUGAGUGAGACCAACCCGCACAUCUGGGAUCGCGCUUUUGACCUCACCGGGGACUUGUCGUGGCUCUGUGAUCUCAUCGCAGUGGAAGUCCCCAGGACAUAUUCCAUCUCCAAUUACUCUCAGGAGCUUCUCCCUUCGGUGGUUGAGUUGACCAUCUCCCGGGCUGAGUACAACCUAUGCUCGACAUUCGCGGGAGAAGAGAAGAUUGCAUGCGCAGGUGUUAGCAGUGGCUUUCUUAAUCCGUUUGUGGGUGCCAGUGAUGAGCUCAUCGAGGAUGAGGAGGAUGUGCUCAUUGGGGUCAGCCGACCGCUCAACUUCCAGUUGCCAAUCGACCGGGCGGCGCCGGUUUGCCUCUUUGCUGGUGGCUCCGGCAUCGCGCCGAUGCGAAGCUUUUGGCAGGCCCGCCUGGCCUCCCACAGCAACGCGGCUGGUCGAGACCUCUUGUAUCUGGGAGUUCAGUCUCGAGAGAAAUUUGCGUAUGAAGAGGAGCUGCGUGACUACGUCGAGGCCGGCCUGAUGGAAGUCCAUCUUGCAUUCUCCCGGGAUAGCCGUGGCCUGGUUUACGACCGACACUCGCGCGAGUUGGUCGAGAAGGAGAUGCCACCACGGUAUAUUGAUGCCCUCAUAGUGCAGCAGGGUGCCACCAUCUCGGAGUUGGUCAUGUCGAAAAAGCAGGGCGGCCUUGGUGGCUAUCUUUACGUCUGCGGCUCGGUGGCUGUUUUUGACACGGUAAUGAAGGGGAUACGCCAGGCUCUUUACAACUACUGCACCUCGACCAUGGAGGCUGCCGACACCAUCAUCAACAAGGCUUUUGCCGAGCGGCGCUUCAUGUUGGAUGUCUUCAUGACCCCCAAGCCCUUGCCGUGCAACCUCCCCACCAUUCCUCUCUCGCAGCUGGCCCGUCACACCGGCCAUCGACCCGACAGCCGCAUGUGGAUUGGGGUGCACGGCAGUGUCUACGACGUGACAGACUUUUGCCCCAUGCAUCCUGGCGGCACCUUGAUCAUCAAGUCCAACGCCGGAGUUGACUGCUCCAAGACGUUUGACAACCUUGCUCACACCAACAACCCCGAGGUCAACAGCCUGUUAACGAAGUACUUUGUUGGCCAGCUCACACCAAAGCCAGACUUCCACGGGGUCCUGGAGCUUGGAGAUUUGUAUGAUCUUUGGGCUGCUUACCUGCGCACAACUGUUGAGACCCUGGUUGCUCACCAGUUUGAGAUGUAUGACAUUAUCGGCGCUGGUGAUGUGGAUAGCGCUAGGGAUGGGUACCUCCGGGAGUCUGAGGACGUUUGGACGCGUCCCAAGGCCGUGGGAAUGGUUAGGGUGUUUUACGACUACCAAUCUCGUCUGCUGCAGGGAGGUUUCUCUGCGCUGUUUGGCCCCAAGCUUCAGGAACUCGUGCUCAAGCUGUCCUUCACCCUUGCUGAUAGCGCUGGUGCUGGAUCCGACGUGCGGCUGCCCGACGUGCUGGGAAUCAUUGCGCGCGCAAAGACAUCUCCGGACGCCAUUGCAACAUCUCAGGAAGUCGCUCUGGUCGGUCAGUUUGUCGGCCAGAGCAGUGGCAACAUCAGGUUUGCUGAGCGUGGCAUCUUCAACUACGCCGCCAAGAGCGUUGAGCUUGACAUCGAGUUGCUGGAAGAUAUUCGCGAGGAAGCAUGUCACGGCAUGGACGCCUUUGACAGCGUCAUGGCUAUGGAGGCCGAAGACGACGACCAGCGCUUGAUGGUGCUGGCGACUUUUCUCAUGCAGGCCCUGGAGCGCAUGGCCAGGAGAUUGGAGGUGUUUUACGCAAAGCUCGCCAAGCACAGCGUGUACAACCCCGUGCUCGAGCGUAACCCGGCAAGAACUCGCUGGAAUCUGGUGAGGCAGAGAAUUCGGGAUGGGUCUUUCUUUGUCCUGACCCAAGAGACUGUGCUUGGUGCUGCACCGGCAUACGUGUCAGCCCAGCAGCAGAAGCUGGGCGUUGACUUUGACAAUGUCAUGAACAGAAUCCAGGCGAGCAUCCGCGGCGCUCCGAAGGCCAGCCCGACGCCACAAACACUGAACGCAAUGCACCUCGCCAGGGCGAGCACGGCUCCAGAAACGAGCGCCAUGGCGACGCACGAAAACAACACGGCAGUCAAAGCCAUGUCCAGCUUCAUCGAUGCCAACAUGAGAUCCAUCCGCCGGCUGAGCAAGCUGCCAUCCUCAUUGACCUUUGAGCAGAUCCAAGCCGCCAUGGAGCAACAGCAUCGACCACCCACCCCGUCAUCCAUGAUUUCCACACGGUCACCUCCCAUGAGGAACACGUCUCGCGCCACGUCGCUGGAGCGCAUGAUGGCGUCCUACAACGGCAGACCACUGAACUCUAGAACAUCACAAGUGUCUGGUUCUGCCGCCGGCCACAUGGUGCACGGUGCCUUUGGCAUCAUGGCGCCUCAUCCCAUAAGAUCACCCCCUACUCCACCGCUCGACGCCGCAACGGCCAUGACGGCCAUGAUGGGCAAACUAAAUGUUCGGUCUCGUGGUCGGUCCGUCCCGCCCUCGCCGGCGGGCUCGGUAGGAAGCACAGGAACCCGCGUUGGCCGCAGCAUGAGCGUGCGGUCGGUUUCGCAGUCGCGGCCACCAGCGCACGCACCCAGACUCUCCACGACCUCGCUUCGGUCAUUCAGGUUAGGAAGUCAGGGAGGAGAUAGGAUGCCCCUCAGAGUCGCGCCUACAUUUUAG